AUAAAUAAAUAAUCAGAGUUGUAAAUUUCCCUCUCAUUGAGCAAUCUCUUCAUUUUGUUUACAGUACCUUGGUUUACAGACUUCCACCUGUUCUACCCAAAUAAAAAAUAGUUUAGUGUUGCCCAACUUGUUGAUUUCUCAUUAACCGGUGCCUCCCUUGCCAGUGCUCUACUUUGGGAUCACUGAGACCACUCGAGGUCCAUACUUGAUUCCAUGCCAUAGCUCACCAAAGCUGCUUCUUUGCUGAAAACAAAAGCAAGAAACCUCACCAGGCUGACAGAACUGCAAAAUAGUUUUUAGACUGCCUACAGAAGACCACCUGUCUCUGGUGAAGCAAACUGAAGCUGAAUGUGAACCAGAAAGUGCAGUGUUUGCUAGUGCUGCCCUUCUUCUCUUCAGGUACUGAUUACAUUUCAUUAUUAGGCUGGGCAGUAAAAUCUAUUUUUGUUUCAUCUCUAUUCAUCACACACACUACAGUGAAGUACUUGUUAGUGUGCAGAUCAACCUGUGACCUAGAUAUUGACUGGAUAUCACAACAUAGUCUGUGAUCAUACCUCUAAGUGUCGUAUCACACAACUGUGGUAGUAAGGUACGUGCAUGUACCCACUAAAUGAACAUUUAAAUAAUGUUUGCCUUCAGGAUCAACUCUGAUCAAGAGCCAAGUCCAGGGAAGUGCUAGAAUCAGCCAGUUUUCAUUUAGAUUAUGGUUGCUGCUCAGGGUGUGGGAAGAGAAACAUGUUAAAAGUAGAGACCAGUUCAUCAAAUGCAAUGAGCUGUUGCAGUAACACUAGCAAAUCAGGCUAGGGUGAGAGUUAAUUUGGAUUUCUGGAAGUAAAUAGUCCUAAUUUAAAAACAAAUUAGGUAUAAAUAUUGAUCAGAGUGCAAAACCAAUAUAAAAAUGCCUGCAAGGUAAAUGGUGUGGCUCUAAACAGGUCUCACAGAAAUCCCAGGGAAUGCUGAAAGCAAAGGGAGUGAGUCAUAAGCACAUGAGCUGAAAGAAGCUGAAGACAAAAUCAUGCAUCUCUGCUUAAUUCCAUCACAUGAUGAGUCCUGGAGCCGUUCAUUUAAUUGGAGGGCCGAGCACUGGAGAAACUUCAUUCUCACUUCUCAGUGGAGGCUGAAGGAGUUACUGCUCUGCCGUGCACACCGGCCAACGCACAGCCUGGCACCAUGUGCGGGGCUCACCGCCACCUCGCGCUCCUGCUCCUGGCCGAAGCGGUCCUGUGUGCUGCUACCAUGCGGUUUCAAGAUGUGUUGAGCAAUGGAAGAACUUCUCCUGUCAUUCACCACAACAAGAUACAGGGCUGGUCUAGUGAUGAAAACAAAUGGAAUGAAAAACUUUAUCCUUUCUGGGAAGACAAUGACCCUCGGUGGAAGGACUGCUGGAAAGGAGGAAAGGUGACAACCAAACUGGUGACUGACAGCCCAGCACUGGUGGGAUCCAAUGUGACCUUUGUUGUGACCCUCCAGUUUCCCAAGUGCCAGAAAGAAGAUCACGAUGGCAACAUUAUAUACCAGAGAAACUGUACCCCGGAUUCCCCAGCCCAGGAUCAGUAUGUCUACAACUGGACUGAAUGGAUCGACAACUGCAGCUGGGAAAACUGCACAAGCAACCACAGCCAUAAUAUAUUCCCAGAUGGAAGACUUUUCCCUCAUUAUCCUGGCUGGAGGACAAGGAACUUUGUCUAUCUGUUCCAUACAUUUGGUCAGUACUAUGAAACACUUGGACGAUCUUCAGCAAUUUUUUCAGUCAACACUGCAAAUAUUACUCUUGGCAAACAUAGAAUGGCAGUAUCCAUUUACAGGAGAGGGCACUCAACAUACGUUCCCAUUGCAAAAGCAAGUACCACUUAUGCUGUAACAGACAAAAUUCCACUAUUUGUGAGCAUGUCCCAAAAACAUGACCGCAACAUCUCAGACUCCAUUUUUAUCAAAGACUCACCAAUCACAUUUGAUGUGAAAAUCCACGAUCCUAGCUACUACCUUAAUAAUUCCGCCAUCUCCUACAAAUGGAACUUUGGAGAUGGAAGUGGCUUAUUUGUAGAAAGCGGUGCCACUACAUCUCACAGCUUUGCUCUGGAAGGAAACUUCACUCUCAAUUUAACUGUUCAAGCUAUUAUACCCGUGCCUUGCAAGCCAGUAACACCCACUCCAUCAUUGCCCACCCCAGCAGUAAUGACUGAAGGAUCUUCUAAUUCAGACCCUUCUGUCCCCAAUGAGACAACAGAAGACAAUCCUGAUGGAGGUUGCCAUAUUUACAGAUAUGGAUACGACAUAGCUGGUAUCACCAUUGUAGAGGGAAUCCUUGAGGUAAAUAUUAUUCAGAUGACAAGCAUCCAGAUGACAGAAAGUCAAGCUGAAAAUCCACUGGUUGACUUUGUUGUUACCUGCCAGGGGAGUCUCCCUACAGAUGUCUGUACAGCAAUUUCUGACCCCACGUGCCAGGUGUCUCAGGGCAUGGUAUGUGAUCCCGUCAUCGUCACUGAAGAAUGCUUACUCACCAUUAGGAGAGCUUUUGAUGAACCUGGAACGUACUGUAUAAACAUCACCUUGGGUGAUGACACGAGUCAAGCCCUUGCCAGUGCACUUAUUUCUGUAAAUGGAGGAUCAUCCUCGGGGACAACAAAAGGUGUCUUCAUCUUCCUUGGUUUGUUGGCUGUGCUUGGCGCCAUUGGGGCUUUUGUCCUUUACAAGAGAUACAAACAAUAUAAACCUAUUGAGAGAAGCGCAGGACAAGCAGAGAACCAGGAGGGACUGAAUGCUUACAUCAGCAGCUUCAAAGCCUUUUUCUUCCCUAAGAGCACAGAGAGAAAUCCUCUAUUGAAAAGCAAACCAGGCAUUGUUUAAACCUUUAGCUUAAUAUUGACUUAGAUUAUGUACAAGACUGUAUCAUGAUUUUGUUGUUGUUGUUAUAAAAAGAAAUUAGUAAGGUAAAAACACAUCUAAAUUGAUUGGUAGCUCUGGGGGGCUUGGUGCAAUUAGAAAUACCAAAAUAGUCCUUCUUAGAAAACAAAGGUAGUUUUGAGCACUUGCUGUUCUUGCUUGUGAUCUAGGAUACGCUUUUCUAAAUAACUAACCCUCAUGCCUUGUGUUUUCUUACUUUUGGGUUAACUAGAUGCAAAAUUAAUCAGAUCUAAAACCUGCAGGGGAAAAAAUAUUAUGUAAACAAGCAAAAACCAAAACCGCAUAAAUACUUAGUCUUAAAUAGACAGUUCAGUAUAGUUGCUUACCACCUUAAAGAAGAUUCAGGUCAGAAACAGGAGGCAGAUACUGGCUACAUCUCUGGAAAGAAACUGCCAUGCUAUACUCCCAGGCACAAGCACCUAGCUGCUCACGUUGGUUCACUGUUGGUCCUAGCACAGGCUUGCCCUGCACCACCUACCAGCUCCCCACCAAGCAAAUCCCAGCCUCUGGGAACCUCCACAGGCAUUGCUGCUCACAUGCAGUUCGGCAGCCACCACACUUUGCAGGGCAAUGGCAUUCAGUAGUGUGCAGGCAGAUAGGGCUGGACACAGCAGCUCACUGAUGUUGACAUAGCUGCCAGUGCACAAGACUUACUAUAACCUGGACCACAGACACCCAAGCAACGAUAAUAAGGCCCACCUGUUUGUUUUUUCCUGUUGAAACUUACUUUUAAAGAUAUUCUAAUUUCUCUUUGCUCCUUCAUUCCCUCUCUUUGACCACCUUCUCAAAGAAAAACCCCAAUCUACAUAAGACACCAUGCUUCAGUCAUUGCUUUGCGUCACCCAGCUUGUGCUGGGCAUGUGACUCUACACAGUCUAUUUCUGAAUACAGAAUUCUUUGAAGAUCUAUAUUUCAAUACACUUAGCUUAUUCAAUCUAUCUUACAAUAAGCCUGACACAUACUGUUCUCCAUUCCCAAGGCAAUGAAGAAGCACAGACAUAUUUUCCUGACAUCUGGGCAGGCCUGCUCACCAUUUGCAAUCUGAACACAGCCUUCACUAUCACGUCCACAUUGUGCACAGACAUCACUUGAGGAUAUAUGAUUAUGACACACCUGUGAGGUUAGGUCUUCAGCUAUAAAAAUUCAGUAGCCUUUUGUUUCCACAUUCUCCAAUGAAUUGUACUUCUUUUGUAGCCAUUUCAGAUGUAUAAUUAGCAGUACCAGGUCUGGUUUUGUUAUGUCUUCCUUACGGAUAGCAAACACCCAUCUAACCAUAACUGGGCAUCCAAACAAUUCCCUGACUUAAACAGAAACUACUUUUCCUGUGAAACGUGCUGUCUGAACGUUACAAGGCCUGCCAUCAGCCUGAAGCUGACUUGCUGCCCAGGCCUGGGGCAGGACAGGGCUUCUA